UUGGCCUCUAGGAGGCAGGAACAGCAGGCCUGGCCAGCCCAAAGGACUCUCUGUCCAGGAUGUAAAUGAGCACACUGCUGGCCCAUGCCCCUCGGGGCUGUAGAGAGCAGCCUCAGAGGCACUGGGCACUCCUGGGACCAUGGAUGAUGCCACUGUCCUCAAGCGACGAGGCUACCUCCUGGGGAUAAAUUUGGGAGAGGGCUCCUAUGCAAAAGUAAAAUCUGCUUACUCUGAGCGCCUGAAGUUCAAUGUGGCGAUCAAGAUCAUCGACCGCAAGAAAGCCCCCACAGACUUCUUAGAGAAAUUCCUUCCCCGGGAAAUUGAGAUUCUGGCCAUGUUAAACCACUGCUCCAUCAUCAAGACCUACGAGAUCUUCGAGACAUCACAUGGCAAGGUCUACAUCGUCAUGGAGCUUGCGGUCCAGGGCGACCUCCUUGAGUUAAUCAAAACCCGGGGAGCCCUGCAUGAAGACGAAGCUCGCAAGAAGUUCCACCAGCUUUCCUUGGCCAUCAAGUACUGUCACGACCUGGAUGUCGUCCACCGGGACCUCAAGUGUGACAACCUUCUCCUCGACAAGGACUUCAACAUCAAGCUGUCUGACUUCAGCUUCUCCAAGCGCUGCCUGCGGGAUGACAGUGGUCGAAUGGCAUUAAGCAAGACCUUCUGCGGGUCACCAGCGUAUGCGGCCCCAGAAGUGCUGCAGGGCAUUCCCUACCAGCCCAAGGUGUAUGACAUCUGGAGCCUAGGCGUGAUCCUCUAUAUCAUGGUCUGCGGCUCCAUGCCCUACGACGAUUCCAACAUCAAGAAGAUGCUGCGUAUCCAGAAGGAGCACCGCCUCAACUUUCCACGAUCCAAGCACCUGACAGGCGAGUGCAAGGACCUCAUCUACCGCAUGCUGCAGCCCGACGUCAACAGGCGGCUCCAUAUCGACGAGAUCCUCAGCCACUGCUGGAUGCAGCCCAAGGCAUGGGGAUCUCCCUCUGUGGCCAUCAGCAAGGAAGGGGAGAGUUCCCGGGGAAUUGAACCCUUGUGGACCCCCGAACCUGUCUCUGACAAGAAGUCUGCCACCAAGCUGGAGCCUGAGGGAGAGGCACAGCCUGAGACAAAACCCGAGGGGGCAGAAAUGCAAAUGUCCAGGCAGUCGGAGAUCCUGGGUAUCCCCAGCGAGCCGUCGACCAGGGAGACAGAGGAAGGGCCCCCCCAACAGCCUCCAGAGACACUACUCUGA